AUGGGGACUGGCAUGUGUUCGAGGAGGCAGAAGGGGCUUCUGCAGACCGGCUUUUGCCUGGUGACCGUGGCAUGUUUGGGCUCGGGAGUUUUCAUGUACAACCACUUGCAGCAAAAGGUGCGGAACGCUGAAGCCCUGGCCCAGAAAUACAAACAGCAGCAAGAAGCGCUGUCUGCCCAGCUCCAAGUUGUGUAUGAGCACAGAUCCCGGCUAGAACGAUCCUUGCAGAAGGAGCGAGGGGAACACAAGAAGACGAAGGAAGAUUUUUUAGUGUAUAAGUUAGAAGCUCAGGAAGCUCUCAAUAAGGAGAAGCAAGAUUCUAUGAACAGAUACGGGGCCCUCAGUUCCCAGCACAAGAUACUGAAGAACCAACAUGAAGAUGUCAAGAAGCAGCUGCUUGACCUGCAGCUGCAGCACAACAGCUUGAAACUGGAACAUCGUAAGACACUGGAGACCCAUAGCCAGAAAUAUGCCCAGCUGCAGCAGGAGAAGGACAGUGAAGUCACAAACUUGCAGGAUACAGUCUUUAAACUCAGAGAAGAGAGCAAGCUUCUUCGGAAGGCCCAUCAGGAAGUUCACUCUCAGCUCCUUAAUGCCCAGGCCCAGAUGGAAGAGUUCAGGCAGCUCAAGGAAGCUCUACAGAAGAUGCCAAGUUUCAAAGGAGGAGCAGGAGGAGCUGGGAAGGGGCAGCAGCAGUUUCAGGUGCCGAAGGAGCAGCCCAUGGUGCCAGCCAACAGCCAGUUGCAGCUCGCACGGCAGAAGGUUUUUCCAGUCAAUCAGGAGAAUCGCCCUGUUGGGAACCCGCUGGCAUCACAAGUCUCUGGGGUUCAGAAGCAGGCAGACGGCCCUCUGCUGCAGGGCCAGAACUUGUACAGUAACGACGGCCCGAGGCCACAGGCUAAUGUGCUCUUUACCCAUCCAGUCCCACCGCAAGAUGCCAAUUCGCUGCCAGAUGCUAUGCCAGCCUGGCCAGCAAGACGCGAGGAUGGCCACGUGAUCCGAUUCACCCGGACCAUGAACAGUCUACCAAAUGGGAACCCAGAUCUGAAGAUGGUGAUGCGUAUUCAGGUGAAAAGCAAUGAGGAAAGCCAGGCUCCUGGAUUGUCACUGUCUGAUCUGAAACAACCCUCUGCAGCAGAAAAACCUCAGCUGCCAGAAAACCACCACUCUACAGGGAGCAAACAAGUGCAAAUGCAAAGCUGGAAAGACAUAGUUAACAAAGUGAAUGCCCAGAUGGAUGAAGAACAAGUGCACGGUUACCCAAAGAGCCUUCGUUUUGAUCCCAAGCCUGGGCAAGAGAUGCAGAAAGGCAGCCCACAGCCACCCAGUCAGAAGAGAGGGGAAGAGCAUCAAAUAGCUGAUCAGGAAGGCGAGAAGGAAAGGACAGAUGAUGAGGAACUCGAAAUGGAUGCAGGAGUGAUUGAGAGAGAGGAGAAUUUGCAUUCUCAGAAAGAGACUGUUGCCCAGGAACCAAUGAUGCCAGAUGAUGCUGCAGAUCCUGCCCAGGAUCCCAAUAACCAAGGUGAGGAUGAGUUUGAGGAAGCUGAGCUGGAGAGACCUGACUUUGAAGAGAAGGAUGCUGGCAGACCUGCCAAGCCCAGGGAAGACCCAAUGGAUGACUAUCAAGAAGAUCAGGAGCAAGAAAUUGAGGAUCAUGGAGGUGAGGUGGAUGACAAUGAUGACCUGGAACUUGUCCAAGACCAGAAGAACCAUGCAGGCAUACAGAGAGCUGAUGGCAAGAGGGAUGACUACUACUGA